AUGGCCACAGACAUGGAUCUCCCGGUAUUGAGCAAGGGAGACGAUAGCUCCGCGCUCUGCCAUGCCCCUUUGUCGUCAGCCGAUCCAGUUCCCAAACCCCCAUCCUCACCCACGACCAAGGGUCCAGGAUUUCUGCAUCAUGGACGAUGGAUUUCAAUCACCUCGGCCGGCGAGGAAGAAAGCAACAUCAUUCUUGCCAUCCGCCACCGACGGGCCGCCAACAAGUUUCGCCAAUGGCUGUGGAAUCAAAGGGAAGACAUUGCCGCCCUAGUUCGAAGUCACUUACACCUGCCCAAGGACGAUGCCAACUACGCAUUCGAGGUGAUCCCCACCGAAUAUUGGCGGCAGGGUGGCUUCAACAUGUGCGUCCUGGUCGUGGCCAUGGUGGGCGGCCGCGCAACGUCCCGGUUCGUUUUCCGGUGCCCGCUGCCUCACAAGCUGGCGGAAUCCCAGUACCCUGGGACAAUGGAUGAGAAGAUACGAUGCGAGGUCGCUUCCUACGUCUGGAUGCAAGAACACUGCCGUGACGUGCGAAUACCCGCUCUUCAUUCCUUUGGAUUCUCGGAUGGCUCCCAAUUCACCCACAUCUCGCAAGCGUCAUUCUACACACGCGUUGCUCGUCUUGUUCGACGAUUGGUGCACCGCAUUCUCGAGCUGCCCCUUUUAUCCAACUACAACAGGAAUACAUCCGCACCGGCUAUAGGCACCCCAUAUAUGCUGCUAGAAUUCGUCGGCCCUGAAGUGGGCAACAUGCUCUCUAUAACAUGGGAGCAGCAUAUGAAUGAUACUAAGAGACGAGCUCGCCUUUACGAGGGUAUGUCGCGCAUUAUGCUCUCGCUAACCCGACUACCGCAAACACGUAUCGGAUGCUACCGAUUCAACCUGAGCGAUGCCACAAUCACGCUUACAAACAGGCCUCUGCUUAGCACGACGAUUAUAUUCGAGAAUGCCGGCACCCCACGGACAAUCCAGCCUACUGAGACAUACUAUAACACCGAUGGCUUCCUGUCCGACAUGCUUUCUUUCUUCGAUGAUCAGUUCCUCCAAGAUCCCCACGCUAUCAGAGACGAAGACGAUGCAUACGAGCGUAUAGCUCUCAGGACGUUGCUUCGAGCAGUAGCGCACCACUUUAUUAUACGGCACAGGCGGAAUGGUCCUUUCCUCCUCCAGCUGACCGACUUCCACCAGAGCAAUAUCCUUGUAGACGACGACUGGAAUAUUACCUGUUUGAUCGACUUGGAAUGGAUAUGCGCCCUUCCUAUUGAAAUGCUCGAGGUGCCAGACUGGCUCACAAACCGCAGCCCCGAGCAGCUCACGGGCGAACAUUUUGACCAGUUCGACAAUGAGCGACAGAUUUUCUUAGGUGCUAUGGACGAGAUGUCAAAGAAAGUACAGCAAGAACAUGAUGUUCAGAUCAUGCGUGUAAUACGAGACUCAUGGACAUCCAAAGGAGUGUGGUUCUGGACGUGUAUUCGGUCUAUCAAUCUCUGGCUCUUCCUCAUAGAGGACCACAUCCUCCCAAAGUUCUCCUAUCAUGGGGGCAUAGAUGACGACCUGAAGCGGGUUUCAACUGUAUGGCGGGAGGGCGUUGCGGAAAUUGUCGAGGCCAAACAGAGGGAGGAGGCUGAGUAUCUAGAAGAGCUCCAGCAUCUUAUCAAGGAGGAAAUCGCGACAGAAUGA